CAUGGCCCAGGAGAAGUGGGGAUUCGCCAGUGAAGGUGGAACAAGGAUCCCGAUUCAGGUCUGCCUUCAUCACCUCUUUUGUUUUUUAGUCUAAGGCAGCAGCAAUAAUGCGCCACCGGGGGGAAAGGGUAGCACGAGGAUAGAUUGGCUUGGAAUGCGGCUGGUGAGCGAAUCCCCCACUCGGCCUGUAUCCAUGGAGGCUCUUGGCAGCCAGUUCAGCAGUGGAUCUUGGAGGGGCAAUCCUCCAUCUGCCAGGGUCUGGGGCCUGUCACCGGGAUUCCCAUGGCGAUUGCGUGUCUUCGGGCGGAACUCCGUUGAUUCGACGGUCUUUCAUGGCCUCCAUGGAGCACGCACUGCUACCUACAGUCAUGUGCGAGGACAAACCGAUGCAUCAUUCCGAAGCGGCUUCUUUGUGCUUUGUCGGAGGGCGUCGGUGGACCAACCCGACUGCGCCAUAACGGGGAUUGGGGUCUGCCAUGACGGACGCCAAGGACGUUGGCAUGGGCAUAAGGCUGACAGGUUGAGCAUUUCCGACGGCUUUACGCUGAAUAAUGACCAGGUUGCGCAUGUUUGUUGCAAUCCUUCCCCCCCUCCGGCCCCUCUUGGCUUUGGCGUACGGAGAUGUUGGAAAUCCGGUCGAUUGCGUAGGUUGCACCACGUAGCUUUUCAAUUGGACCAGAAUGGCGGCACUACGCCGUACAAGCGCUUGACAGCCAUCAUGAGGGACUUGCUUGAGACAAUAUCCACCCACGAUGGACACUAGGCAUUGCGGUGCUCCACCCGGUUUGCCCCGCCAACGGACAGCGGUAUCGCAACGGCCACAAGGAGUACGAAGCGAG